AUGAAUGACUUCAGAGACGACGACAAUGCCAUACAAGCAUCGUCAUCCAGCCAGCCCCGUAAGCUUAUAUCGUUUAACUUCAGCGUCUCUAGUCCUGCUUUAUCGACUUCUUCUAUAAAAGCUAUAGCUGUUUCGGCUGCUCUAGUAUCUUCUAAGGCUUCGAAAGGUGCUGCUCUAGCCUUGAAACCUGAGACGUCAGGUGUGCCAGUAGUACCUGCUCAAGUAACUAAUGGAUCGACGAUUAAAAAGGGAAGCAGCACCACCGAUAACAUCCCUACAAAAGCCGCCGCUGCUACUCCUACCACACCUAAAAAGGCAGACACCGUUAAAGAUAAAAAGGGUACUUUCCGUGGCCACUUUAAAGGUGAUUCUGAAGCCGCUACUGGUGAUAUAAGUAUAGGAAGUGUAGAUGGAUCAUGUAAAAAGUUAAGCUUCUUUGGUAAGAUCAAGUAUGCACUCAGUCCACACAGUUCUCCAAGUAAAUAA